GGUGAAUCAGUCAAUCGGAAAACUGCCUCUGGGACCCUACGGAGCAAAAUUUUGUUGCUCAGGGUCCUCUCGUUCUCUCUCUCUCUCUCUCUCCGCCCUUGAUCCAAAUCUUCAUUCACUGUUCUUCUUUCUCCUUCUUCCCUAACCUUCCCACUCCUCCUACUUCAGCUCCGGGUUGGAUUGGAGAAAUCCUGUUGGAACUGGGAAUCUUUUGGAUUGCCAACUCAACCAACAUGAUUUAUGAUUUUUCGGGUUGGUCCAAAAAUUUCCCACAACUCAACUUAAGUACACCCUGAACUGUCUCCUUAGCUUGUGAGAGAUAAAGAAUGUGGGGAUUGUACAGGAAAACUCGAAUGUACAAGUAGUUCUUUAUUAGCUUAAUCUCCAAAAACCAAACGGUUAUCUAACAGAAUUCAUACAUUUAGGAAUAAGCCUGGGCUUUUUUCUUUCAACUGUAGCAAUUGAGAGAAGGAUGUCGUCUGUUGGUGAAGACACCCAUUGGUGCUAUCAAUGCAACCAUUCAUUCUGGCUUGAUGGAGAAGAUGUAGUUUGCCCUCACUGUAAUGGUGGUUUUGUCGAAGAACUUAACGACGAUCAUGAUGAAACAAUUCAAAAUGACUUUAAUCCAGGCAUAGAAGAAGAUCUUUCAACUCAGGUGCCUCCAAUUUUCGAAGCUAUGUUUGCAUUAAUGGGUCGAAGAAAUCCUUAUCCGAGAUUUGGUCUUCUCGAAGCUGUUGAUACUUUCACCAGAGAGAGAAUGGCGGGAAGAAAUCCUAACUUUGACGUCAGGAGAAGAUCCGGUUCUGUUCCAGGGCAGAAUUUGGAUUUUUUCAAUUCUUUUUGGUCAUUCCAUGAUCACAUGUCGGGUUCGACCUUUGGUAAUGUCACUCCAGAAGGUAGAUCGAGUCAGCAUACAGGACUGGAAGAACUAGCUGCACAACUUUCAUUAAACGAACAAAGAGAACCAGUUCCAACUCCUGCUUCUCACUCUUGUAUAGAAGCAAUGCCGACAAUCAAGAUUAACCAAAUGCACCUCGGCUCGGACUCUCAUUGUCCAGUUUGUAAAGAAAAAUUUGAGCUCGAAUCUGAAGCCAAAGCUUUGCCAUGCAAUCAUAUUUAUCACACUGAUUGCAUUCUUCCUUGGCUGGUCCAACAUAAUACUUGCCCGGUUUGUAGACUCGAGCUGCCUCAGCAGGAAAGUGGACACAGUUGGGGAGGGAAUGGUGGCAGCAACAGUGAAGACCUAAAUGAGAGAGAGAUGACUCAACGAAACCUGAGAAGGAGGCAUCCAUUCCCAGAUUUUUUUGCUCCUCGUCGAAUUGUCACUCGUUUUGGCAGUGGGAUUCAUAUAAACGGCUUAUCUUCAGAUCGAGAUCAUGAUAACGAGAUGGGUUACCCUGAAUGAUGACCUUUCGAUUACCAAAUCUAUAACUCUUCUCUACUUUAGAAGCUGCCGAGCAUGAUAUGUGAAAGAAAGCUGUGUUUUACAACAAAUGAGGUAAUAAGAAAUAAGAAUCAGCUCUAGACUUGUAAUAUCUAGAGCUGUUUUCUCUUCCCCCUCUUUUUUUCUUUUUUUUUUUUUUUUUCCCUUCCCUUCUUUUGUGUAAAAUGAUAUGGAAAAAAAUCUCAUAUCUCCUACAAUGACUUGUACUGGGAAAAGGGGGUCUUAGAGAUGAAAUCAAAUGUAAUUAUAGUUGAUAUGUUCCAUGGAUCAACUGAAGCCAUUUGCCUUUUCUGAUUUGUGAGCUUCAAUGAUGAGAAAAGAAGAUGACAUUGAAAAGGAGCAAUAGAUUUUAUUGUGUUUAUAUAA